ACAUACGGUCUGUUGAUGGUUUCGCCUAGGCGAUGUUUACAUGACGAUCAGGGGUUUGUUUGUAUGAUGUUUCUCUAACGAGAUUCAAUAAUGGGUUGGUUCCUUUUUGUUAUCAUGGCGUUUCACGGUGGGCAUUGGUGGAGUUUCGGCGCGAUCUUGUUGGAGGAGUAUCCCGGCAGCAUCGUCAGUUUCUAUUCAUGUUCACGCCCACCGAUCUCACGACGUCAUGUAACAACCCAUGUACGAGGAAUGGCACUGGCGCAGAAGCCCCAGAUGCACUGUAGCACAGCUACACACCAACACGUAUGACAAAAAUAAUUUUCGAUACAAUAGCACAAAAGCAAUCCCGCAUAUCUCGCGUUGUGAUACUUCCACGCCAGAUCACGUGGAGACGCGAAUACGGGAGGGAAUGGCU